AAAGUGACAGUUGACAUUGUUGACAUUUAACCAAAAGAGGUUAGUUUGGAACGUGUAGAAGUUGCACCACAAAACUGCUCUAAAGUUUGUACAAAAUGCCUGUGGCUGAAGAAGUGAAGUCCAGUUGGGCCGAUGAAGUCGAAUUGGAGGGUGGUUCGCUGCCACCCCCUACAGAAGUGUUAGAUAACAGUCUCAAAGUAAUCACCGAAUACUCGUACAAUGAAGACGACAAAAAAACCAAAAUCGUCCGUACAUACAAAAUCGAGAAGCGCGUUGUGUCCAAGUCGAUCGCCCUACGCAAAACUUGGAAGAAAUUCGGCGAAAGCGCAAACGACAAACCUGGACCGAACCCUGCUACGACUAUCGUAGCGGAAGACGUGUACAUGCAGUAUAUCACGAGUAAGGAAGAGGACAACAAGCAGGAGGACGAAGGACUUGAUAAACUUAAAGCCCUUGGAGACAAGAACGUUGUAAAAUGUAGAACGUGCAGCGGCGAUCAUUGGACCUCCAAGUGUCCCUGGAAGGACACGAUGCUGGCAGGAGGAAAAGUGCCUGACGACAAGAAAGGUCCCGCAGUUGGGGGGCCUUCAACUGGAACGGAGACCAGUAAGCCUGGCGGUUCUAAGUAUAUUCCACCAAGCAUGCGCGAGGGGGCUGCUAAGAGAACCGACAAUCUCAGUAUGGCGAGACGGGAUGAUGCGACGGCUAUUCGAAUUACUAAUCUCAGUGAAUCUACAACUGAAACUGAUUUAGAGGAUUUAGUUAAACCAUUUGGACCCAUCCAGAAGUUGUAUUUGGCCAAAGAUAAACAAGCGGGUUAUUGUAAAGGAUUUGCUUAUAUUCAUUUUAAAUUUAGGAAUGAUGCUGCUAAGGCUAUUGCUAUGCUUAAUGGACAUGGGUACGAUCACCUUAUUCUUACAGUUGAUUGGUCAAAACCACAUCCAAACUAAUGCUGUAACUAUUUAUGUAUUUGCUAUUCAUACAUAUAUUAAUUAGAAAUGUAUAUUUUAAAAUGUGCGUUCCAUUUAUUGUCGUGGUAACAUAAUAAAGUAAUAUGUAAUUAGA